AUGUCAGAUAUCAAACCAUUCACCAUCGCCGUGCCGGAGACGGCGAUCCGAACCCUCCAUGCCAAGCUGGAUCUCGCGACCUUCCCCGAGGAAGCCAGUUUCUUGGAGGACUGGGGAUCCGGCGUGCCCCUCAGCGAGAUCAAGCGUCUUGCGCGGUACUGGCGGGACGGGUUCAACUGGCGCGAGCAGGAGGCCCGGCUGAAUGAGCUGGCUCAUUUUACUACUGAUGUGUCGGUCGAGGGAUUCGGGGACAUCAAUGUCCAUUUCGUGCAUGCGAAGAGCACGAGGCCAGGGAGCAUCCCGCUGCUCUUCUGCCAUGGAUGGCCUGGGAGCUUUCUCGAGGCCAUCAAGAUCAUCCCGCUGCUCACAGAGCCUAGGGACGAGAAGGCCCCUUCGUUCCAUGUAGUCGUUCCAUCGCUGCCCAACUUCGGCUUCUCUCAAAUCAUCUCGAAGCCGGGGUUCAGCGGCCCUCAGUAUGCCGAGACCAUGCACAAAAUCAUGCUGAAGCUGGGAUACAACCAAUACGUGACCCAGGGCGGAGACUGGGGCUCCCUCAUCACCCGCCUCAUGGCAGUCCAGUACCCAGCCCACUGCCUGGCCACGCACAUCAACACCAUCUUUGCCAGCCCGCCAACCCCCUGGAGCCCCCUCCAGUACCUCCUCCACGCCAUCCUCCCCUACUCCAAAGAGGAGAAGGCCGGCCUGGCGCGCACCGGGCAGUUCCAGGCCACCGGGACCGGCUACAGCACCGAGCAGGGCACCAAGCCCUCCACCCUCGGCUUCUCCCUCGCCGACUCGCCCCUAGGUCUGCUCGCGUGGAUCUACGAGAAGCUGCACGACUGGUCCGACGCCUACCCCUGGACCGACGACGAGGUCCUCACGUGGCUCUCCAUCUACCAGUUCUCGCGCGCGGGGCCCGCCGCCAGCGUGCGCAUCUACCUCGAGGUGCUCAGGGAUGGCGGGGACUCGCGGCAGAGGGCGGGCGGGUACGUGCCGGGCGUGAAGCUCGGGCUCAGCUACUUCCCGCGGGAGCUGCUGGUGCUGCCGCUCCGGUGGGGGAGGACGCUGGGACCCGUGGUGUACGAGGCGAGGCACGAGGCGGGGGGUCACUUUGCCGCGUACGAGAGGCCCGAGGAGCUGGCGGGGGAUGUGAAGAGGAUGUUUGAGCGGGAGAGCGGGGGCGCGGCGGAGGUGACGAGGAGGUUUGCCGUGAAGACGGAGGCGAGGCUGUGA